AAGUUAGAUAUCUAGGCUGUACUUGACGUGUUAAAAGGGAGUAUUUAAUCCCUCAUUCAUUUGAUCCGAGUGAAUUUUCGACUUUCUAAGGUUGAGUGACUAAAAGGGCAAAGAAAAUGGCCACAGAGUCUGAUUUAGAAAAUGAGAUUAGUCCCGUUGACUUCAUUCAGCUGCAGGAGUAUCUAGAAUACAGCAGGAUAAAGGCGAAAGAUGCAGUAAAGGAAUUUUAUGCUGGUGGAAAGCUGGUUCACUACAGGUUUGGAGAUCACAUAGAUGCGACUGGAUUUUCUCUGUUCCUCAAGAAUUAUCUUGAGGUUGAAGAUUUUCCAGCUGAUCUCUGUCAACGUCUCUACUGGUAUUUCCAAAGAUCUGAGCAGUCUUGUCCUGACCAAAGUCUGCACGCAAAAGAUGGUGGUGUCUCUCUUAAAGCUGUAUUAUGUUACUUUUCCAUAUUGGAGGAUGGAAAUCCACGAGACAAACUAGAGUACACCUUCAAAUUAUAUGAUAAAGAUGACAAUGGACUUCUUGAUAGCAAGGAAGUUGACAAAAUUGUCACACAGAUGAUGCAAGCUGCAGAAUACCUUGGAUGGGAUGUGACAGAACUAAAGCCAGUACUUAGAGACAUGCUGAAAGCCAUAGACAUAGACAGCAGUGGUACUGUAAGUCAGCAAGAAUGGAUACAAGGUGGUUUGAACAACAUUCCACUACUGGUUCUGCUAGGAUUAAAGGUAGCUGAAAAAGAUGGCCAACAUGUCUGGCGGCUAAAGAACUUCAGCAGGCCCACAUAUUGCUUUGUCUGUCAGAGCAUGAUGUUGGGUCUACGAAAACAGGGCUUGUCAUGCAAUUUUUGCAAAUACACCGUCCACAGCAGCUGUGCCAACAAAAACCGCACACCAUGUGUCAGGACCUUUGUCAAGUCCAAAGCAGAGAUAGGGUGUUCAGUUCAUGACUGGAUCAGUGGUAACUGUGAAUCCAACAAAUGUGAGAUUUGCCACAAAAAGAUUAAGAUUCUCACAGGAAAAAGCUGCGCAUGGUGUCACCGCAUGCGCCACAAUGACUGUGUUCCUCUGGGCUCUUCACACUGUGACUGUGGACUGUUACAGCAUCAUAUCCUUCCACCAUGGGCCAUAUGUGCUAUGGAUCUAGCUGACUCUAAUUCAGGAUGCAGUCUGGGAGAGAAUUACCUGGCAAACAUAAAUUCAGAUGGACACUUUUUGCAGAUAUUUCCUGUGAAUGACACACACCCUCUCUUGGUGUUUGUAAAUCCAAAGAGUGGUGGAAAACAGGGAAAGAGGGUGUUAAGAAAGUUUCAGUACCUCCUGAACCCAAGACAGGUAUACAAUCUUGACAAUGGAGGACCAAAUCCAGGGCUCCAGUUCUUUCAAAAUCAUUUUAAAUACAGAAUCCUGGUUUGUGGAGGAGAUGGCACUGUUGGGUGGAUUUUGGAUGCUAUUGAUAAAGCUGCUAUGGUGAUUCGCCCUCCAGUUGCAAUACUUCCUCUUGGGACAGGAAAUGAUCUGGCACGGUGUCUGCACUGGGGAGGGGGAUAUGAAGGCACUGAUCUGACAGAAAUCAUUAAACAGAUUGAAGAGAGCACAUUGGUACAGAUGGAUCGCUGGAGUUUGCAAGUUAUUCCAGCGGAUAUGGCAGACAAAGGUGACCCAGUGCCUAAUGACAUCAUCAACAACUAUUUCUCUGUUGGUGUGGAUGCAUCUAUAGCACACCAGUUUCAUGUGAUGAGAGAGAAGCAUCCACAGAAGUUCAACAGCAGAACCAGAAAUAAGCUGUGGUAUUUUCAACUGGCAACAUCUGAGACAAUUUCAGCUUCCUGCCGGAACCUCAAGGAAUGUCUCACCAUUGAGUAUUGUGGAGUUCCUGUCGAUCUGAGCAGAAUUUCAUUGGAGGGCAUUGCUGUCCUGAAUAUUCCCAGCAUGCACGGUGGUUCAAACCUGUGGGGAGAAACAAAGAGUUCUGAGAAACUAAAGAAGUGGGAAGAAGUCACUGUUGAUCCUGAUGCUCUUAAAAUGUGCUCACAAGACAUGAAUGAUAAACUCCUGGAGGUUGUUGGGCUGGAGAGUGUUGUGGAAAUGGGUCAGAUUUACACUGGCUUGAAGAGUAAAGCGCAUCGUCUGCUUCAGGCUGCUCACAUCACUAUCAGAACAUCUAAAACUCUCCCCAUGCAGAUUGAUGGAGAACCAUGGAUGCAGCCUCCAUGUACGAUCCAUAUCACACAUAAAGACCAGGCUAAUAUGUUGAUGGCUCCUCCUGCUAAAUCACUGGUAUGCUUCUCCAAGUAAAACAGAAGCUUGAAGAUCAUUUCACAG